UCAUAAUGGUGCAUGGAGCCGGAUUGAUUGAAAUCUAUCAAAGCUAUCCAAUGCUUCGCGAAACGAUCGGCGAUCUGUUACUUUGGAAGAUUGAUUCAUCGAUUGAUUGGUAGGUACGCCAGCGCUAAUUCGGAAUAAGCGUAUGCAAUCGAAAUCUGAAGACAGUGCUAAAAAUAAUCCAAAUGGAAACACUCAAAUCAACGCCGCAAGGUGAAACAAAAGUGAUCGCGCGCCGAUUGGAAAAUUCAGUGUGACCGGAGGAAGGCAGUGUGAAAAACGAAAGAAACCGGCAAUAUUAAUUAAGGAAACGUGGAACAAAGAGCCGAAUUUUGGAAAGUGUGCUACAGUCUAACAGCAGUGAAAUAUUCGGUUUGCGGUUGGGAAAAUGAUUUGUGAUAUUGCUGCGUCCGCCGUCACCGGUUUGUUGCCGGGUCCGUCGCGGCAGAUACAGGGCUACAAUGCUCUCAUGGGUGGCAGCUUAACGUCGGAACAAGUGGUGGAUAUUUGCUAUUUAAAUUUCUCUGGCCUCAUCGUAAAUGCACUGGCUCUGUUCGGAAUGGUAGGAGCGCUCGUUUACGCCAGCUGGAAGUUCGUGUGGAAGCGUCAUAAUCUGCUGGCUUUGCAUAAUUUGCGGUUAACGCUCGUACUGGCAUCGAUUCUGGUCGGCAUUUGUGAGGUGGCCCAGUACAGUGUGAUCAUUCAUCAACUUGGUCAACUGAGCUCGCACCAUCCGGGCGGUGCUAGCGACCACAUUCCAGAAGACGUACGGCUGGAGAGGAAACGGGCCAGUGAUUCGGGAUCCGGUGGCCAAGAUGAUGAUGCUGGGCUACCGAUGGUAACGGCUGUUAUGGGCCUCUGCUCCAGCUGCUUCGGAAUCGUAUCGAUUCUCGUGGGGGCUGUUUUCGUUCGAGCUGUAGAAGUGAAGGAUGAAUGUGGGCUAUUAUACAUCGCAUUGGCCAUCCAAGGCGCUCAGUCCGUUGUAAAAUGGUGCAAAUUUGAAUACAUCAAUGGUGUCACGGACAGUGUGACAGCCCUGCCAACGUCAUUGACCCUCGGUUCGGCACUGGUCCUGGCAGCACUGGUCAUCGUCGAUGGAGUUGCCGUGUAUCGAGAGCGAAACUCUUCCGGUCGACAGCACAUAUCGUCGAUAAUGUCAAAAGAUUCGACAACGACAACGACGACAACGACGACGACGGGUUACAAGACUCCUUCGGUCCCGUUCCUGUCCCGGAUCACCUUCUGGUGGAUUACUCCGCUGCUAUGGCGGGGCUUCUUCGAACCAUUGGAGCUGGAAAAUCUCGGCAAGCUCCCGGAAGGGGACACUAGCCGGUACCAUUACGAUCAGUUUCUCUUCAUUUAUCAACGCUUCAAGAACUCAUCUUACGCUCUAUGGCGAUGCUACGUGCUCAACUGCUGGCAAAUGUUUCUGGCCGGUGGCGCAUUUAAGCUGCUGGGCGACCUUUGCGCUCUGGUGGGACCACUUUGCAUAUCCAAUAUCGUCAAUUACAUCGCAAAACCCGUGGUGUCGUCGUCGUCGUCGUUGUCGUCAGCAACGAUAUUGGCCACUGGUGAAGACGGUGUAAUUCUGCAGGAUGACUCUCCAGUAUCAGCAGAGUUUAAUCUUCGGAAUCAAUCACUUUUGACAGAUGGUACCUCCAUCACCGGCACUAGGAUUCAAUUGGGCCCUCUAACCUGGACCGAACUGCUGGCCAACGGUUGGUUCGUGGCUGUUGUGGUACUGGUGGCAUCGUUGGCUCAGGGAUCGUUUUCUCAGGCCAGCACGCACAUAAUGGAUAUGGAAGGUAUCAAGUUAAAAAACGCCCUGCAGGGAUUGGUGUAUAGAAAAACUUUGCUGCUCAGUUCAAGCUGUUUCUACUCCAAUGGAACUCGUGCGUCACAAAAUGUAUCGCAACAGACACCUGUUGGGGGGAAUGAUGCUUUGAAUGAUAAUAAUCCUACACUGGAUGGAUCGGUCGGUGGCAAAAUUCAAGCGCCCGGAAUCACAUCGCUGUUGGACCCCAUGCCAGUGAAAACCGAUUCCACCAGCAACCGGAACAUCAACACAAAUCCCACCGACAUCGUCGACGGCAACGACAACGCGGCCAAGGCCAUGAGCAGCAGUGUUGAACCAGUUGCUACCGAACACGAAACAACGGCUUCUACCACAGCAUUACCACCACCGGAAUCGACGACUGCAAACAUCAUCCAAGUGCAGCAGCAGUGCACGGGAAAUUCGAAGCCAAAGAUAAAACAUGAAAUACCUGCUGCUAUCGAUUCCGAUGAUCAGCAACAGUUUGACAUCGGCGAUUCUGCAGCAUCGCAUCGUCCUUCCCCUGCCGCAGCGGUUUCAAGGACGAAGGCGACGCAUAAACAAGCGAAAGCCGACGGCAAAAGUGGGGAUGGCGAUGCAUCGGAAGCGACCCUACAACAGGACGGAAACAUGAAGAGCUCCGCUAGUCCCAGCAUGCAUGCAACGGAUAAUCGUCAGGGUCACCUCGGUUCUGGUGGUGCUGGUGGGGGUGGUAAUGCUACUGCGACCGAUGCAGGUACCAUAACAAAUUUAAUGUCCGAUGAUGCUUUUAACGUGAUGUCGUUUGUGAAGAUUGCACACUACGUGUGGGCGAUUCCGUUGAAGAUUGGUGUGGUGAUGUACCUGUUAUACCGUUUGCUGGGCGUCAGCACCAUUAUAGGAUCGUUUGUUUGCAUCAUCACCAUGACUCCCCUUCAAUUUGCCAUUGGAAAACUGAUGUCAGCCAACUCGAAAAAGACCUCGGAAUGCACUGACGAACGGCUUCGACGAAUCAACGAAGUGUUGCUGGGAAUAAAAUUAAUUAAACUCAGCGCCUGGGAAGGGGUUUUCCGAGAGAAGAUUGCACACGCCCGUCGGAAGGAGCUCAAGCAUCUGGAUCGGGACUCGUGCUAUUGGACGAUGAUGAUGCUGCUCACGCAUAUAUCCUCGGUGUUGAUAACUUUCGUGACGGUGGCCGUUUUCAUCCACUUGGAGGCACCCCGGGAGGACGGCGAGCCUCAGGACGGAAGGAUCGAAUUUACCGCUGCCCGUUUGUUUGCAUCGUUGGCACUGUUUAAUCAACUGACGGUGCCACUGUUUAUCUUUCCAAUCACGAUUCCGAUUAUCCUGUCGGCGGUGGUAAGCACUAGCCGACUAGAGGCGUUCCUUCGCAGGCCGGAAGUCCGAACGGUCGUGAAUCGCCGGCGCUCAGCGGAGGAUUUUCGUAGAAGAAUCAGCAGAUCACGGGGGUCGGGCAAAAGUGGCGCAUCGUUGGACACGUCUACCGUGAGCCGUGCCCAGGAGGAUAAUGAUGAUAGAUACCUACAGGAGGAGGAGAUGGAAGAGGAUGAUACCAAAUGGGAGCAGGAAGGUGCGAUGCAUUUUGAGUGCUUCGAUUUGCCAGAAUGCGAAACCAAACCAGACGACUGCCCGUUGGAAGGUGCGAAGGCAGCUGACAACGUAUGUUCCGAAUCAUCCGAAUGGGAAAGUGAAAUCGAGCAAGAUGAGCAAUUUCGGAAGCCAGAAAUAACUAGCACUGCUACCGGAUCCGCUGGUAGUGCAUGCUCCCCUGGUCUACCUUCAAAGGAAAACGCCUACGUCAACGGAAGCGGUUCAAAUCAGCCGGAGCUGAUGACCGACGACGAUUUGAGAAAGAACCGCAAACCAAAUCACCAAAUGAAGCGGCUGCGAAGGAACAGUCAAUUGACUGCGUGUACUCUAUUGGGAAGAAGCCGCCUUCGACAGAAAUUGAGAGAUGGUAGGGUGGCUGCUAAUGACGCGAGAUUCGGAAUGUCAUCCCGAAAGGUUGGCAGUGAUGAUGAAGAAGAUGACGGCGAUGCUGCUGCUGAUGAUGAUGAUGAUGCUGUUACCGUCAUAGGUGGUCGUUUUCAGUGGGGUUGCUCCAGUCAGGAUGCAGGUUCUGAGAAUUAUGAAACAGCCCUACGGAUCGAUCGACUCAGUGUUCCAAAAGGAAAGCUCACCAUUAUCGUAGGCCGCAGUGGCAGUGGUAAAUCAUCAUUACUGGCGGCUUUAUUGAAGGAAAUAAAUCAUCUGUCCGGUGAAGUGAUUUGGAACAAAUAUUCAACAAUUGCUUACGUCCCCCAGCGGCCGUGGCUGCUGAAUGCCAACGUACGAGACAACAUCCUGUUCGGUGAACCGUUCCGACCGAAGCGCUACGACCGGGUGCUGAAAGCCUGUGCAUUGAGGCCCGAUAUCGAGCUGAUGCCGGACGGCGAUAUGAGCGAGAUUGGCGAGCGGGGAAUUAAGCUGUCCGGAGGUCAGCGCCAGAGGAUCGUGAUUGCCCGGGCCCUCUACUCGCCGGCCAGUGUGGUCAUUAUGGACGAUCCACUUUCGUCGUUGGACAACGAGGUUGCAAAGUUUGUGUUUGACCAUGGGAUUCGGCGAAUGUUGACUAGGCAGAAGCGAACGGCUGUGAUGGUGACACAGAUGCUGCAGCUGGUGUACAGGGCUGACAAUAUAAUUGCAGUGGAGGCCUCUGCCGUGGAGGCAACAGGUACACUAUCAGAAAUCGAAAACAAUUACCCACAAAUUCUGCGGAAGUGGAAUGCAAUUAUCGCCAAAGAGCAGCAGUCCAAAGAGACGCAAUUAAGUCCAGGGAGAACUGCUCGGGAGAGAUGGAAGUUGUUUAAAAAUGUUUCACGGAUAGGCUUCUUAAAGAGCCAUGCCACCAGUGCGGAGUAUUAUGAGCCUCCCGGCCCGCUGCUCUACAGACCACUGUCACUGCAGCGGCACAGUUCCAGCAGCUUAUUUGGAUCACGUUUCCACACACACGAUUUACCACUUCCAAUCGAUGAGUGCUGCCACGGCGAGAACGUCCAACUGCGACGUCACUACUCGAAAAGGUACCGUUCUGGUGCUGAAAGCAAUCGAGUGGUGCGGGGGUUCAGCGAUGGAGUUGCAGCGGCAGCAGCAUCAGCAGCAGCAGCGGUGAAGGCAGACUCCCAAUCGCCGGACCGUGGCGGUGUAGGCAACAGUGUCGUUCGCUCUCGAUCCCUCCAAACGAAACGUGACAUCAGCAGUCCCAGCCAUAUCGAUGGACGAUUGCUACCAACAGGCAGCGCCCACCCCUCAUCGUCGCCCACCGAGAUCGACCAUGCCAGCCCAUCGGAUCCAGCCACGGCAGUUGCACACGACCGACCAACGGACUUCGAAAGGUUCCGAUUCUCUGACACUUGUAGAGAUUUGCACAAAAUCGGGUUUCGCCAGUUUCUCCGAAGAAUGAGCACCAGAGGACGUAGCAAUGGUGGGCGUCGAGACCGUCGCCAUUCGAAUUCGCCAUCACGGCAAGGGUUCGUCCAUCGUCGAACACUUUCCACCAUCAUCAGUAAGGCCAGUUCCGUGAAAAAUCUAACGAAGGAAGGCGACGCCCUUCAAAGGUGUUCAUCAGAGCACAGACCGGUUCGCAAGGGGACCAUGAAGCAAAAUCCAUUGCAGAGGCUUUUUUCGAACAUUUCCCGAUUCAGUGAGGAGACGGAUGAGGAGUCAUGGGAAGAUUACGACACCGGCGAGCAUGUCUCCAAUCGACUGAUCUCUGACGAGGAGCGCAAAUAUGGCAAAAUUCCAGCCCGCAUAUACUGGCUGUAUUUGAAAUCGUGCGGAAUGAACAUUGUGAGCACGUUCUUUCUCAGUGCCAUGACCCAGCAGGGACUGCGAGUGUACACGGAUUUCUGGCUUCAGAACUGGACCGAACGAACACAGCAGCUGCAGGACACUAAUAGGGUUGCUCCAGCUGAUAUCCAGUACAACUUCCGAGUGUACGCCAUCCUAUCGGCCAUAUGCAUCCUGCUGUCGGCGAUAUGCUUCCCAGCCGGACAGAAAGCAGGCAGCAACGCUCGGAGGCGUUUGCAUCAGCAACUGAUUGCCGCUGUGCUGAAAAAUCCGAUCCAUUUCUUCCAGACCGUUCCGCUCGGCCGGAUCAUGAAUAGGCUCAGCAUCGACAUUGCCGUGGUGGACAAGAAAAUCGCUGCAACAAGUCAAAAGCUGCUGCAGUUUAUCCUUUUGUGCCUUUGUGCCGUGCUCAUAAAUAGUGUCGUAACGCCGUAUUUCAUCCUGUUAACAAUACCAAUUUGUGGCAUUUACUACGUCGUGCAGAAGUUCUACCGGUGCUCCUCCAGAGAACUCCAACGCAUCGAAAGCAUCACCUAUUCGCCCAUUAUUGCCCACUUUUCGGAAACCAUCGAAGGGGUAACGACCAUACGAGCCUACCAGCAGGAGCAUCGGUUCACCGAAAUGUUGUUCCGACGGAUGGAAGCCAACAAUGUGGCACAGGUCAGCCUGGACUGCAGCAACCGUUGGCUGGGAAUCGCUCUCGACUACCUGGGUGCAGUUAUUGUGUUUGUAGCCAUCCUGAGUGCACUGAUCACGGCUAGCAUCAGUCCGGAUUCAACCAGUUCGUCACUGAUUGGGUUGGCCAUCAACUAUGCUCUGCUGGUUCCAAUCUACCUGAACUGGGUGGUCAAACUGGCUGCCGAAAUGGAGAUGUACGUGGGAGCCGUCGAGAGAAUACAGUUCUACAUCGAGAGCAGUCGGGAACGGGCCAGCGAGAGAAGUGCACUUAAAUAUAAACCCGUGCCAAUAUCGUGGCCCCAGAAGGGAGAUAUCGUAUUCGAGAACGUUUCGCUCCGGUACGAGAGUCAAAAGGAAAACGUAAUCACAAAUUUGAAUUUAACUAUCCCUACCGGACAACGGAUUGGCAUAUGCGGUCGAACCGGUAGUGGUAAAUCCUCGCUUGCACUGGCACUGUUCGGUGUGCUAGAAAUCGUCGGUGGGCGGAUAUUGAUUGACGACGUGGACAUCGGUACCAUUCACAGCGAUGAAUUACGCUGCCGACUCUCCAUCAUUCCCCAGGAUGCGAUGCUGUUCGGUGGGACGCUGCGGGAAAAUCUGGACCCACGGGGACACUUUAGCGACUUGGAUCUGUGGAACAGUCUGGAGAUGGCACAGUUGAAGGACAUUGUGGUGGCGCUUCCGGAUGGACUGGACACCAGAAUUGGGGAGGAUUCAUUCCUUUUCAGUGCCGGCCAGAGGCAACUGUUUUGUUUGGCUCGGUCCGUAUUACGUGGGUCAGUUUGCCUCGUGCUGGACGAAGCAACAUCCUCUCUCGAUACGGAAACGGAGAAACUGGUUCUCGAUGCCGCCGGCAAAGCAUUCAAGGGAAGAACUGUGCUAACGAUAGCGCAUCGAUUGCACUCGUUGUUUGAUUACGACCGAGUCAUAGUCCUGGAGCACGGCAAGAUCAUCGAAGAUGGAUGCCCCCGGGUGCUUCGGAGGAAAUCGGACUCCAAGUUAGCUGUCAUGCUGAAGGCAUCGUCGACCGAAUAUCAAAGACAACAACACAACCGGCAGCAGCAGCAGCACAAAUCUUCCAGUAGUAAGAAGCACCAAGGGUUGCACGUGUUGAGCCAUGACGAGGGAGAGACCAGUGUCUAGUUGGAACGGAUUAAUGUCUUCUUUUUUCCAGCCAAGCUCUUUGUCGAUAUAUGUAUGUGUCUGUGGUUCCUCGUGGCUUUGUUUGUCGGUACAUAAAAAAUGGAUGGAUAUUAAGUCUCGCGUAA